AUGUCUUCAAAAUCAGUCUUGACAAAUGCCAUUGACCCAAGACUUAUUCAAUCCAUCUUUGGUGGUCGCCCAACCCUCGCGCGCUUUAUCAGUGUAUCAGAAGCCAUUUAUGCUACGCGCGCAUCCAAUUAUGCCUUGUUAACGCUCCUUGUAUGGGAUAUGAUCAUUACAUUCCCUCGUGAGAUCGAGGUAGUGUGGAAAUCCAAAUGGACAGUCGUCAAAGUACUCUUUCUCCUUAAUCGAUACGUCACACCUUGGUUCAUGGCUGCGCAUAUUUGGGCACUUAGUGGACGCGCUGUUGGUCUCUCUGAUAAAAGGUCUGACGAAUCCGAGAAAUAA